CAGGUGGUAGCCGUCGCCAUGCUGCUGCUGGGAGGCGUCGAGGCGUUCCAGCAUGCUCCUCCUCUGGCGCGUUCAAGAGCUUUAGCAUCCUCCUCGCUCACCCCUUCCCUUGCUUCUCGCUCUUUCUCGAUCCCUGGGCUGCGCCAGAGGCAGGGGAGCGUAGGGUUGAGGAUGGGGUUGUUUGAUACGGUAGCGAAGAGCUUUGGAAUGGGCAAAGAGGAGGCAACGAGUGAGGGAGGAGUAGUGUUCGGAGUCGGAUCCCCGGAGAACCAGAAGUUUGUGAAGGAGCUUCUCGUGCGAGUUGAGAGCAAGAUCAACGUGCUCGAGGAGCAGAUUGAAAAGCUGACGGACGAGCAGCUGCGAGCCAAGACCCAGGAGUUCCAGCAGAGGCUGCGAAAAGGAGAGACUGAGGAAGACAUUCUCGACGAAGCCUUUGCGGUUGUGCGCGAAGCUGCAUGGCGUGUCCUCAAGCUCCGCCACUAUGACGUGCAGAUGGUGGGCGGCAUGGUGCUGCACCAAAGGAAGUUGGCGGAGAUGGCGACAGGAGAAGGCAAGACGCUCGUAGCGACUCUGCCCAGCUACCUGAACGCGCUCUCUGGCAAGGGAGUCCAUGUGGUUACUGUGAACGACUACCUGGCAAGGAGAGAUGCUGAGAACAUGGGACAGAUCCAUCGCUUCCUUGGCCUGACUGUCGGACUGAUCCAGGCAGAGAUGAAGCCUGAGGAGCGCAGGGCCAACUACGGCUGCGACAUCACCUACGUCACCAACUCAGAGCUCGGCUUCGACUACCUCCGCGACAACCUCGCGAUCAAGCCCGAAGAUAUCGUUCUUACCCGCCCGUUCAACUUCUGCAUUGUAGACGAGGCAGACAGCAUCAUGAUUGACGAGGCACGAACUCCCUUGAUCAUCUCAGAGAAGACUGCUGCUCCAGCUGCCAAGUACGCGAACUCUGCCAAGAUCGCGACUGUGCUGGAGGAGAAGGUUCACUACACGGUUGACGAGAAGUCGCAAAGUGUCACGUUGACUGAGCGAGGGUUCUCGGAUGUGGAGAAGAUCUUGAAUGUGAAGGACCUGUUCAACCCCAAGGAUCCCUGGUCUCCCUACAUCAUCAACGCCCUCAAGGCCAAGUCUCUCUUCAAGAAGGACGUCCAGUACGUCGUGCGCGCCAACGAGGUCAUGAUCGUCGAUGAGUUCACUGGCCGUGUACUCGAGGGCCGGCGGUGGAGCAACGGGCUGCAUCAGUCGGUGGAGGCCAAGGAAGGGCUGAAGCCCUCGUCCGAAACCCAGACUGUCGCCUCCAUCACCUACCAGUCCUUCUUCCGCCUCUUCCCCAAGCUCUCUGGCAUGACAGGAACAGCGAGGACGGAGGCCAAGGAGUUCGGCGAUAUUUACGGGCUCGAAGUUCUCUCGAUCCCCACGGCUCUCCCGGUCGCUCGACGAGACAACCCUGACGCCACGUUCCGCACACAGGCAGGCAAGUGGAAGGCCGUCAUGGGCGACAUCGCGCGCAGACACACCAAGGGACAGCCGAUCCUCAUCGGAACGACCUCGAUCGCAGCGUCUGAGCAGCUCUCGAAGCUCAUGACGGAGCUCGAAGUGCCGCACGAGGUUCUGAACGCCAAGCCUGAGGUCGUGACCCGUGAAAACGAGAUCGUCGCCCAGGCUGGACGCGCCUUCGCCAUCACCAUCGCGACCAACAUGGCCGGAAGAGGAACUGACAUUCUCUUGGGAGGCAACAGCGGUUUCUUCGCCAAGAAGCGCAUCAUGCAGAAGUUGGCUCCUGCGCUUGUGGACAAGAAGAACGGCUUGCCGUCCAAGGAGGCCAUGGAGAUCAAGCAGAACCCAGCCUGCAUCCCCCUGCCUGAGCUCUCCGAGCAGGCCGUCAACAAGAUCGACGAGGCUGUGCAGGCGGCGGCGUCGGCGCUUGGGUCGCUCCCAAGCAUGCUGGAUGUAGAGUCUCUCCUUGCUGUGGCGGCUGAGACGGGGCCAGUGGAGGCGGGAAGCCAUCUGGAGAAGCUGCGGGAGGCUUACAGGGUGGUGAAGGAGGAGUACGACGUGCGAUGCAAGAAGGAGAAGGAGGAGGUAGAAGACCUUGGAGGUCUGCACGUCAUCGGCACGGAGAGGCAUGAGAGCAGGAGGAUCGACCAGCAGCUUCGAGGACGCGCUGGACGUCAGGGGGACCCCGGCAGCUCGCGCUUCUUCCUCGCGCUCGACGACCGUCUGUUCCAGGUGUUCGGAGGGACGUCCAUCGACGGGCUGCUCGAUAAGCUCAAGGUGGAGGAGGACAUGCCGCUGGAGGCCAAGUCAGUGAGCGACGCGCUUGACGGGGUGCAGAGGAGAGUGGAGGAAUACUUCUACGGGAUCCGCAAGGAGAUGUUCAAGUACGACGAGAUCCUCUCAUCGCAGAGAGAGUCCAUCUACAGCAUGAGGAAGAAGUUCGUCACUGAGGACUCGGACUACAUGUCCAACACCAUCCUUGAGUACUGCCUGGACACGGCGGAGGAGAUCGUUCCCAACUACAUCAAGGAAGGGAAACUCGACGCCUCAGGCCUCGCCAACAAGCUCGCGCAGUUCUUCGACGGCAUCCAGCUCAAGGACUCGGAUAUCGCAGCCCUCAAGUCUCGCGAUGAAGUGCGGCAGGUGGUCCGCAGGCAAGUGGAGGAGGUGCUGGAGAGGAAGGAGGGAGAGCUGGAUGCGGUGAAGGAGAGCUUCUCGUUCGAGAUCGAGAGGUACAUCAUCCUCACGCAAGUGGAUCUUCUCUGGAAGCAGCACCUCAAGGAUAUCGAUUUCCUCAAGGAUUUCAUCGGACUUCGCGCGUACAAGGGCGACCCUUUCAUUGAAUUCCAGCAGGAGGGCUUCGAGCUGUAUCAGGACAUGCUCAAGGCAGUCAGACGGAACACCGUCUACUCCUUCUUCCAGUACAAGCUCAAGAACGAGGAGAACAAGGCAAAGGCUGCAAGCGCUGCCCCUAAGAAGAAGAAGGAGGCAAGAAGAAGUGAGCAGAGGGGACGAUAUUCAUUUCAGCCUGCAAGAAGGGGAUAAAGUUCAGGGAUACAUCUUCAUUCACUGUUCAGCUCCAGCUGUUUGUGUUGUUUGACAAAAAACA